CUUCUGCUCUGGACCAGAACUCAGUCGACACAGAGUCACUACUGACGAAAACCACCAGAGAUACAUUACCAUUGAUCGAAAAUGUAAUCAGGCUGAGAAACUCCAUGAACUUUAAGGCUAUUGAGUCCCUGAAUUUUCAAGAGGACAUGUUUGGAAGCAUCAAUAUGCUGCUGUGUGAACAGCAGCCUAACAACAACUUUACCAACAUGACCUUCAGUUUGCCUUCACCUACACAGAUGGCUAACAGUAUGUCAAGUUCCAGCACGGGCAACAAUUCUGAUGCCUUUUGUCAGAUUCUUGUCGACACCCUGGAGGGCACACCUGCUCUGCGCCUUAUUUGGAGCACCCUCAAGCCAUUAUUGCAAGGAAAGGUCCUCUAUGCACCUAAUACACCUGCUGCUCGCCUCCUGGUGAAAGAGGCAAACAGCACUUUUAACUCACUUGCCAUGUUAAAAGACCUCGCUGAUUCUUGGGAUGAACUUGGCCCUCGUCUCUGGGACUUCAUGCAGAACAGUUCUCAAAUCAAUUCAAUUCGGGCACUGCUGGCGAAUCCCAUCUUUGCAGCUGCCCUUAACCAGCGCAUGAGCGGUACGGGAUGGACUGCUGAGUUGAUGGGGAACUUCCUGUACAGCGGGCCUCCGGAAGACCGUCCACCUGGUUUGCCACCCAAUGACUGGCGGGAUUUUUACAACAGUACCACUGAAAUCAUGAAGUUGCUCUCCCAAUUCCUUGGCUGUUUGGAUUUGAAUAAGUUUGAGGGAGCUACGACUGAAGCCCAGCUCAUGGAGAAAGCCUUGGACCAUUUGAAAAAUGACACAUUCUGGGCUGCAAUUGUCUUUGAAAACCUCCAACCAAACUCCAACCAGACUCCUCCCUAUGUCAAAUACAAGAUCCGAAUGGACAUUGACAUGGUAGAGCAAACCAACAGGCUGAAGUCCAGGUCAUGGUCUCCUGGAGCCAGGGACAAUGCCUUUGACGACCUGCGUUACAUCUGGGGAGGCUUUGCCUACCUGCAGGACAUGAUGGACCAUGCUGUCAUUCGACUGCAAACGUCAAAGUCUCAGCCGCUUGGUGUUUUUCUCCAGCAAAUCCCAUACCCCUGUUUUGUUGAUGAUGGCUUCGUCCAGAGUAUUGGAGCCAUUAUGCCUAUGUUCCUGGUGCUGGCCUUCAUGUACUCUGUGUGCAUGAUCAUCAAAACUCUGGUGCUAGAGAAGGAGCUCCGGCUCAAGGAAGUGCUCCGCGCUGUUGGCGUUCAAAACGGCGCCCUCUGGUCUGCCAGGUUCACAGAGAACUUUGUUCUGCUCACAGUUCCAUGCGCGCUCAUAAGCGUCAUGGUCAAGUACGGAAAAGUCCUGCAGUACAGCGACCCCUCAGUAAUCUUUGUGUUCCUGCUGGUGUUCUGUCUGGCCACCAUCUCCCAGUGCUUCCUCAUUAGCGUCUUCUUCUCUAAAGCAAAUUUAGCGGCGGCAUGUGGCGGCCUCAUCUUCUUUCUCCUCUACCUGCCACACAGCCUCUGCUAUGCCUGGAGGGACGUUAUGGGUUUCGGGGCCAAGGUGGCUGUG